AUUUGAUUGGUCAGACGAGAUCACGUGACGUCGUGUUUUGCGUUUCCUCUCGUGAUGCGUGUAAACAUUGCACAUGCACGUUGAUCUGAUUGAAUGUAGCAAAAUAAUCUGGAAGCUUGUUGCGACGAUGGUGAAGUGUCUGGUGCAGGGAUGCAUAAACCACAGUGAUCUCAGACCUGAAGAGCAAUCGAGCCGUCCGCGCAAGAGGUUUUUCAGAUUCCCCAAAGACAAGGCCCGAGUUAAAGUGUGGCUGGCCGCUUUACGGGAGACUGAGCGCGAGAUCACAGAUCAACAUCAGAUAUGCGAGGAUCAUUUCCUGAGCCAUCACAUCACGCCGAACGGAAUCACCGUGGACGCCAUUCCUGUUAUGCCCCCAUUAGAGGGACCGGUCUCCGGCUGGAGCUCGUGUGAUGAGCUGGAAGAGCACUCGGACCCGGUGGAGGAGGGUGGGCUUGCUGCAGAGGAUGAUCUUUAUGAUGUGGAGUUUGAGGAUUUUGAGGAAGAUGAUGAUGAAGACCACAGUCUUCCAGAUGAUGGCUCACAUAACAUGAAUAGUCAAGUACAAGGACAGUGUCUCAGUGGAAGUUUAAUUAGCGAUCCCAACAUUAUCAAUAUGAAUCAAGCAACAGGGGCAUCCACCAGUCAAGUUCCGAAUCGCUCUGACGUUGCUCUUGGACGGCUGACCAAACGCUUCAUGCAGUUGCUUCACUCGGCACCGAAUGGAGUACUUGACCUCAAUGAGGUUACUCGAAAACUGGGCACAGGAAAGAGGCGGGUGUAUGACAUCACUAAUGUGCUUGCCGGCAUCCAGCUAAUCAAAAAGACAUCCAAAAACAAGAUCCAGUGGAUGAAUCCAUCAACAAACUUGGGGAAGACGAAAGCUGACCUAGUUCAUCUGAAGUCAACGGAGGAGGCCCUUGACGGGCUCAUCAAAGACUGCGCCCAACAGCUCUUCGCUCUGACCGACCUCAAAGACAAUGCUGACUCAGCUUAUGUGACAUAUGAGGACAUCUGUCAGAUUGGUGUUUUCAAGGACCAGACUAUAAUAGCCAUCAGGGCCCCUGAAGAGUCCAAGCUAGAGGUGCCCACUCCCACUGAGGAAUCAAUCCAGAUCCACUUGAAAGGCUACCGGGGGCCCAUCCAAAUACUCACCUGUGAGCCUGAGGGCCCAAGUGAAGCUAUGGAUCCAGCUAACACAGAAUCUAAACUUGUCAAACCAGCCUGCUUUCUAACACUAGAGGAGAGCCGGAUACACACACAACCAUUAAUAUCAGAUGUUUUAAAUACUGUAGCAGCUGUGCAAAGCACUGAAGGACCUAAAAGAAGAGCCUUUGCUUCUUUGAGACAAACAUCCUAUCUUAACAGACUUUGUUGGCCUUUUUGGAGAGACCACUGUGAAUAUAUAUACUCUGCUGGGUUAAAGACAUCUCAUGGAGAUUUUUGAUUUGUAAAUAUAUGGAUGAGUAUUUUAAACAGUUUAAAGUAUUUUUUGUAUAACAGGUUUUUUUUUUCUUCGACCAUCUGACUAUGCUGUAAAUUAAUCAAAUCUGUGGUGGUCAAAGACAGACCUUGGAUCCCGUUUCAGUAUGACAAGAUGUCCUUGUUUAUGGGAGAGUGCUUUGUAAAUGUAUGCUACGGUUCAAAAGUUCGAGGUCUGAGAUUUAAUUUAUUUAUUUUUUGGAAGGAAAUUAAUACUUUUAUUCAGCAAGGACACAUUAAAUUACUCAAAAGUGACAAAGACAUUUACAAUGGUGCAAAAAUUGUAUUUCAAAUAAAUGCUGUUCUUUUGAACUU